CCCUUCUUUUUUUUUUUAUCUACUGUUUUCGUCACAGUAAUUAUUAUUAUUAUUUUUUUUUAUCUGGCUGAAUGCAAGUCAAAGGCUGGGCCCAUGUCUGUUUUUUACCACCGUUUGAUCAAGAUGGCAACUAUGAGACACUAAUGGGACAUGUUGUGGAUGAAAAGACCAAACAAGUGUAUGGACUAAAAGGUGAGCGAUUGGAUUAUGACGACCAGGAAAAGAAUGACUGUAUGGAUCCUCAAGCAUUUUAUCGACUGAUAUUAUCAGCAUAUACCCAACAAACUGUAUCUUUGGUAGUACGACGUGAUAUUCAUAACGACAUGGCCACUUUGGAAACGGAUCCAGCAGACGCUACACCAUUUGAUCAAGAUAACAUGUCAUUCCAUUUUCAACCUGAUCGUGUCCUUGUCGAUGAAAAGGCUUAUCAACACUGCGAAAAAUAUCUACCAGUAUUGACAGAUCGUGAUGAUAUAUCAAAAGAUGGCAUCGAUUGGCUAGUCUGUUUAGGAUCAGUUAGUUUCAAUGAUGGAACGGUUGAAUAGAAAUGUAUAUAUAGUAUUAUUAUUUAAAAUAAAU